CCCCGCCCCCGCCCCGCUCCGCUCCGAACAUGGCUGCAAAGGGAAGGAGGAAAGUGAAACAGAGCGAGAGAGACUAGGAGAGAGAGACAGGGAGAGAGACGAGUCUGCCACUGACAGGGAAUAUCUGCCAUUUUCCGCGUUGCAGGAGGACCUGAUCCAGAGGACCGGGAUCCAGGCACAGCACCGCCGCAGCCCCCAAGCCGGAGUCAUGCAGUCCUUCAGAGAGCGGAGUGGUUUCCAUGGCAACCAGCACUGCUACCAGCAGGAACCCCAAGAAUUAUCGCGCCUUGAGAGUUAUAGACAUCACCACAGCCAGUCCAGACAGGGCUAUGAGCCACACUCUCUAGCUGCGGCAGGGUUGUCAUCAGCGGGAGCAGGUUCUAAGGACUGUUAUGGACAGCAGACCUAUCCCGUCUACACCAGCAGCAGUGCUACUCAGACUAAAAAAACAUUUAGAGGAGCCAAAACUCCAAGCCAGCACAUGCAGGCUGGCUACAGCAAUCACAUGGGCCCUGGAUACACAGCUCAGUAUAUUAGUGAAGGUCACUUGCAGCAAAAAUGGGAUGAGUCAGCUCAGAUGACCCAAUUUGAACAGGACAUGGUGGGACGGCUGGAGUCUGGGGUCAGUGGGUCAUCCCAGUACCUAGAGCAGAACAUGCUAGCUAUCUCUCAAAGUCAGUGCCAUCUCCCUUCCCAGUCCUCUGCCACAACCUAUACCAGUUCCCAUCAACAGGGCCUCCCACCCAAUCCAGCACCAUCUCCUUUAAUGUAUCCACAGGGCCACCUCCAUUUCCCUCAGCACUCGCAGCCCCCUUCAUCUUCAUCAUCUUACAUGGAGAAAUGUAAUACAAUGCCACAUGGCUACAAAGGCUAUGGUAUACCGACUAAUGCACAGUAUGGAAGACAACUCGGCAAUCACAGCAGUUUAAAGCAGAGUGGAUACAGGCCUCAGAAUAAUUAUGGUUAUCAACAAACUCCAUCAAGGUCUGGAUUUGAACAAGGCUCCCUGCAGGGAAUGUCUGGUACACAGGAGAACCUUCAGAAAUUCCAGCACUACAAUCAGCCCCAGCAAAACUACUGCAUUACAGACAUUUCUGUAAGAUCACCAGAACAAUACUACCAGACCUGCAGUCCAAGUUCCAGUCAUUCACCUGCAAGGUCUGUGGGAAGAUCUCCGUCAUAUAACUCUACACCAUCCCCCUUAAUGCCAAAUCCCGACUCAUUCCAAUAUGGCCAACCUCCCAUUAAUCCUGGAGCUUCCUCGUCCUCAAGUUUGCAAGACCAAAAUAUGUUGAUGCCUCCUAAUACCCAUUCAUCACCCAGUGUGAACCACCAGUCCCAGAGCUAUUCUGGCUCCAUGAAAGAACGAUUCUCGGAAAAGCUCCUGUCCAACCCCAGUUUGUGGAGCCUCAAUGCCCUGACAUCUCAGGUUGAAAACAUCUCUAACAAUGUUCAGCAGUUGCUGCUGUCAGAGGCCCUUAUGGCUAACAAAAAGACCAGCAAGCGAAAUCCUCCAAAAAAGGGAGAAGACUACAGAGGUCAGUUAAAGGGUAUGGAAGAGUCAUCUUGUCCUGAUAACCAACAUGGUCCCCCUCCACCUGAUGCAUAUAGCAUUCCCAGGUCCAUGACAUCAGAACUACAGGAGGGAGGAUACUCUAGCAGCACUGAGGACCAGAUGGACAGGAGCUAUUACUAUUUUGGUCAGGACAAAGGUCAAGCACACACCCAGACACACCCACGUCUCAGCCUGGACACAGUGUCCACUUGUUCCUUAAACUCAGCUGAUGAUGUAUCCGUUAGGUCAGGUGACUCAGUUCGGAGUCUCCAGAGUGUAGCCUCUGAAGAUAAUCUCAACUGUGACCCCAGAGUACAGAGAGUAUUGACUGGAGAGGAGCCCAACAGCUCUCUCCGUUGCAUUAGAGAUGAGAGGUCGCCCAUCAGUGUAACAGCUCCAAGUCCCAUGAAACAAGAGAGUAAUUCACCACCAGACAUAAAGCGUUCAGAGAGUACUCUAAAGGAAAACUUUGAGGAGUCAGCAUGGACUGAGAGGAUGGUUGAUGAAGAGGAAAUUGGACAAAGAACGAUGUCUGCAGACAAUGAGUGCAAAGGAGAGGUCACUGAAAAGCAAGAGAAGUGGUUGGAGGAUGAGAAAAGUCCUUCUAUAUUUCAUAAAAUUAAUAAAGCAGUAUUAGAGGAAGGUUAUUCAUAUGAAACAAAUAUCUACCACGGUCUGCAAAACAAAUACAGUUUAGAUAAAGGAAACUCAGAAGAGAUGGACUGUUUUUCUGAGCUUAAUCACAAAUGUAAUGAAGGAAAAGAAAUAAAGUCAGAACAUUUCAAAUCAGAGCCACAGGCCACUGUUGAAAUGCUUGUGAAAACAUCGCCCAACAAUUCAGGCACUAAUCUUUAUUUGCCAGAUAAAGAAGAAAAUUCAAAGAGUGAGAAUUCAGUAGAUAGCCUCACAUGCACCGAGGGACCAGUGGACACCCUUGAGGAGCAGUCGUCUGUCUUUUCCCAUAAUUCCACUGAGGUGAGAGAUGAAAAGGAGAAUCUGACAACCACAGAGGAGGUCAUUAAUAAUAGAGCAUGUACAUCUGAGGAGAUGGGAAACAUGCCACAAGUCAACACAGAACCUGCAGAAAGCUUUAACCAGGAUGCACCACACAGAGGCAGUGAAAGGAGGUCAGCCAUAUGUGACAUUGCACCUCAGCCUCACACUGCCAAAAGUGGCUUCUCAACUCUCAGUGAGAAAACAACACCUUUGGCUCAGGCUAGGGACCAUCACAUCGAUCGUAGUGAUGCAAAGGUACUGGAGCCUGACUCUCCUCAGUUGCCAGGCAAGUCAAUACUACACUCUGCACCAUCUUGGGCUGACACCCCACCCUCUCCCAAGAAAGGAGAUGAGGAUAUGGAACCAGGGAUAAGCUGUCCCAGUGCAGUGACUCCCUCAGCCAAGCCAGAGCCUUUGGCCCCAUCUGAACAUACCAGAAUGUUCGGUAAGAAACAUGCACGGGGCAGAAGGAGACCAAUGCAUUCAAGUGUAGGAAUCAGAAGGCAGCUAAGCGUAGAAGGAGACAGUGCUCCACCUUCUGCCCAAAAUCCCAGCAUGCCCUCCAGCAAAAGCGCUCUUAUUCCUGAUCAGAUGGAAACUGCCCACCAGAAUAUAAGUAGCCAAACACAGAAACUUGUGACAGAGAGUUUACCAUCGCGGAUGUGCACUCGGUCAUACGGUUCGCAAAGUAGCCCAAAGGUCUGCCCUCAAGAGAGAAGGAAACCAGGUCCAAAGCCUGGUCCAAAACCAGGUUCAAAGCUAGGUGUGAAGCCAGGUCCAAAACCAGGUCCAAAGUCUGGUCCAAAAUCAAAUAUAAAAGCUGGUCCAAAGCCUAGUCCAAAAUCAAUUUCAAAACCUGGUCCAAAACCAAGUCCUAAACCUGAGGUUAUGCCUAGUGUAAAAACUGGCCCCAAAAUAAGUUUAAAAUGCACAGGGUCCACAAAAAAUGCAAAGCCUGGCCCAAAACCUGGAGUAAAGCCAGGUCCUAAACCUGGUCCAAAAUCUGGUUCUAAACAAGUCUCAAAGACUGGGGCUUUAGCAGGAGAAAUACUUGUUCCAAAGCCAAGUCAAACCACAUCAGAGUCAAAGCCAAUUGAGGGGUCAGUAACUAAAGGUCCAGGUAGACCAAGAGGCAUCACCUCCAAGAUAAAAUCAAUAAAACGAAAUGAAAAUAUUCAGAUUGACCAUACAAAAGAUACAAAAGACCAUACCAAGGAAACACAUGAACUUAUUUUGCAAGAUGUGAGCACUGCAUUAACUACGGACACACUUGUUAGUGUGGUGGACAACACUAAGGAUGAAACUGUGGGUUCCACUUUGGAGUCCACUCUAGAAAGCUGUUGUGUAAAGUCUUUAGCAAGAGACCAAAAGUCCAUGGUGCUGAGAUCACGAAAACAAACAAAAGAAAAGUUGACUGAGGAUAAGGAGAGUGAUAAAUCAAACGAGACAACUUCAGAAAUGCUCUUGCACUCACAAAUACAGAAUGUUACUGUGGAUCAGUCAUGUAAGACCGAAUCUUCAAAUCUUGAAUUACCUAAGCAGAAGGAUGUAUCUACAGAGUCACUUCAAGAACCAAAUGAAGAGAUCGUUUCCAUCAAAAGAAAAUACAGUUUACCAUUAUCAGAUCCCAAAAAGAGAAAGAAAGUUGUGCAAGAGAUUCAAGUAAAGACACAGCAGCCCCCAUUAGACACAGUCACAAGAGUCUGUAUUGCAAAGGGAAAGCGAAAGAGAGGACAGCAUUUGCAAGCAGAAUCUGUAAGCACCACCGUAACCGUUGAUAACCCUCCCACUGAUGACAUAAGUGAUAUGGCUUCUUUACCUCCUCAGUGUCCCACUAAAACCAAAUAUUUGCCUCCUCGGAAAGGCAGGGGACUUAAAUAUGAGGCAAUGGUACAGAAAAUCACAUCCCCAGGGUCCAAAAAGCAACCUUUAAAUAUUCAACCAGAUAUUGUACCAGAUGAAUCAACAUCAAAAUCAGUGCCACAGGCACCAGAGCUGAAGGAGACAAUGAACGCUCCUGAGGUAACUCACAUGGAGGCCGAAAUAACAAGUUCAAGUACACAAGAGCCCCAAACCACAAGAAUUCAUACUCCAAGGAAAAAGAGGAGAACGUGGGCCACCAUAGAGAGCAGCGAUGUACCAGACGUAGCCCUGGAGGCCGGGAGCUUAGUUAUCAAUACACCAAGACUAGCCAAACAGAGAGCCAUUAAAAACAACCACGAGAUGCAUCUGAAGCAACGAAAGAAGAGAAGAAAAGGCACUGAGCCACAAGAAAGCACCCCCAUUGUUGAAAAACAAGAGCCUAACCAGACUAUUAUUUUACCCCCACCUCCACCCUCCCUCUCUUUACCAGAAACAGGUGAACAGACACAGUAUGAGGAGCCACCAACAGAAUUUAGCUUACCACAAAUAAAACCCAAACGAGGCAGACGGCCAUCACUCAAAAAGAAACAGGAGGAACUCUCAAGUCAAACAGAAGAUGACAAAGUAAAGGAGAAAAAAAAGUCUGGCCCGAAAAAAAAGGUUCUUAAUGUCCUCAAAGUUGUAGUGCGGAGACCAAAAAUCAAGACAAAAUGCAGCAAUGAUCUCCCCCCAACAGUGAAGGGGACAUCAUCAGACUUGCAUCUAGCACUAGGAGAUGGCAAAUGUUCUUUCAGACCAUAUGUACACAUUGACAGGCCUUUGGAGCUAGCAUCUCUUUGUACCAUCAUUAACAGGCCUGAGGAAGAGCAGAUGCUUAGCCAGGCAAGAAAAAAGAGUGCAGCUAAAAUGAAAAAUCUAGUCACUGUUACCAAGGCAGUAUCAAACUCCUCAGUGAUGCUCCAGGGGCCCUUGGUUAACAAAAGUCUUAUUGAAAGGUGUCUAACGUGCUGCCUAUGUGGAAAGCCAGCAAAUUACAGAGAGCUCGGGGACUUGUGCGGCCCCUAUUAUCCUGAGGACUGCAUACCACGAAAAAUGCUGUCUUCAACACACAGGAAUGAUUUCAGGCAAAACAGCAACUGUGCAAAUGAGACAGAGGUCAGAUGCAUCGCAGACCAGACCAACUCACAGAGUGCAUGUGCGAAGGACGCCUAUCAAGAUAGUGCAAAUGAAGGACACAGCUGGCAUCCCAGGAGGGGGAAAAGGGCAAUUAGGGAACCGUUAAGAACCCGCCCAACCUCGCGGAUGAGAUUCAAAAGACUGCUUUUGUUGCAGAGCAGACUUGGUGGAGCUUCUCCCCCUGCUGGCGAGGAGGGCAGUGGAUCGGCUCUGCAGAGAUUGCAGAUGGAAGCUGAGGCGAAAGAGCACUGGGCUCAUGAAGCUUGUGCUGUCUGGACCACAGGCAUAAUCCUGGUAGCAGGCAAACUCUUUGGGCUGAAGGAGGCUGUUCAGAAAUCUGCAAAUACAAAAUGCUCCAGGUGCCAAGGGGAAGGAGCUUCCAUCUGCUGCAGCUGGAAGAGCUGUACUCAGAGGUACCAUUAUGUCUGCGCCAAAGAGAUGGGCUGCACGUUUCAAGAAGAGACCUUCUCUGUUAGAUGUCCGGAUCACAAGGCGUUGUAAUAUAUACCGGCGCAUGAAGACUGGUGAAUGUCUGCUAUGCAGUAGAACAAGGACAUGCGUUUGCCUGUGUGCUGUAAGUUGCUGUGGACAUCUAAUUAGGGCUUCAGUCGAAGCACAAAAAUACUGUAGCAAUACUCACCCAAGAUCAUCUCCCAAUCCAUCCGGCCCGGCUCAAACAGACGAUACUUCAUGACCAAAAGCUGAAAAAGGGGAAAGACACUUUUGUUAUGAAUCUGAAUGUGCCAUUCUUCCAUUUUAUUCCGUAUUCUGGAGCGGAUGUUAUCAGUCGGGGACACCUGCUGGUGGAUUUGGCCUGCUGCCCCGAGCGCUGGUUGGCACACGCGUGCUUCCGCAGUGGAAAGGGGGAUUGAAAUUUGAAGAUGUCAUGCAACACUGGAUGUAUUUCAAUGGACACUUACAUGUUACAAAGAAGAAAAAAUGAAAUUGUACAUGGUGUGCUUUACAGGUCUAAAUAUUCUGAUUUCAUGAGGGAAAAAAAAGCAUUAUUUUAAUAAACUGCUACUCCAAGUGUAGGCUUAUUUUCAUGUGCAUUCGAAGACAAAACAGCUCCACUGAGAUGUCCGACAGGUGGGAAAAUAUCCUGCGUUCAAACAGUGUUGGGGGUCACGCAUUGUAAUCAGAGUAAUGUAAUCGGAUUACUUUUUCAAGUAACUAGUGAAGUAACGCAUUACUUUUAAAUUUACAACAACGUAUCUCUGCUAAUUUUUCAAAUACGUAAUGCAAGUGAUUUGCAUUUCCUUCAGCCUUCAGCCUUACUUUCCAUAAAAAAGUAACGCAAUUAGUUACUUUUUUAGGGUGUAACGCAUUACUUUUAAAAGUAACUUUCCCCAGCACUGCGUUCGUAUUAUGUGUAUCAGCUUCUCAGAAUUUAUUAAAGGAAUUUAUUAAAUUUAUUACUCAAAACCCUUACGACUUUCAUUCUUCAAUGAAAUAAACAAAAAUACCAUAUUAUUGUAGAGCAACAGCACAUUAAAAAAAAUAAAAUUCUCUUUAAAUUUAGGACUCUUGAAAAAGAUUUUUAUGAUACUUUUGUUUUGGAGCUUGACAAGCCAAGUCUCCAUUCACUUUCACUGAGUGGAAAAUGGCAGCUUGGACAUUCUUCUCAAUCACUCAAAGGAAGAAAGAAAGUCACAUGAGUUUUUUUUUUUUUUUUUUUUUUAAAGCCUAGAUGAGUAAAUAAUGGCAUAUUGUAAUUUUGGAUGACCUUUAAGCUGAAGAGAUCCACACCACAAACAGAUUUGACAUUUCUGUUCAUGUUAUUUGUGAAAUGACGCAGAAGACAAUGUGAAAAACCAAACAUGAGAAUCCAUAAACAUUUAAUCCAGAUGUAUAUGUGACUAACAUACAGUAUAUGAUUCACUUCACUGCAGUAUUACAGGUAAGACCGCAUAGAGAUGACAGAACCAUCACGUAAUUAUUUGAUUCCUAAUUCUAAGUAAUUGUGUAUAUAAGUAUUUGAUGCUGUUUAAAUGUAAUAUGUGAUGUACUAUUAUAAUUGUGUAUAGUAUUUCUUAGAGAUGUUUAUUUUCUAUAAAACAAAUAUGUUAUUGCUUACAAAAGUUAUUAAAACAAUUAAUUAAAAGGA